CCGCAUACUAGCAGACAUUCCAGCAAGUCAGGAAACUUGAGUUUUUCUUCCCUGGCUUUGAGGAUAACUGACUGUGAUCUUGAACAAGUCACAUAACUUCCCUGAGCUUUCAUUCCCGCUUCCAUAAAGUGGAGCAGCUGGACUAACUCUCCACGGGUCUAUGUGUGUAGUGGGAGCUCCUUAGAGAUAGCGUCACACCUUCUUCUUCGCGGGAGUCACCACCUGCAAAUACCGGGCAUACAUUAUGGACUCAAAUGCUCACUGAAUGUGUGUAUGAAUAAAUGACUCUUCUUAGAGCAACAGGAAGCAUGGAGUCAAUCAACAAGCAUUUGUGAAUGUCUACUACAUAUACUGUAGAGUGGGGAAACCAAAUAACAGCGGGAAAAUGGUUAUUUCUCCCACUUUCCCCUUACCUCCUUCCUGGAGGGGGAACUUUGUAAGUCACAAAGACUGUGCUUACACAACUAAAGUUCUCAAGACGAGCUCUAAUUAGUUGUCAAUAUUAACAAGAGAAGAGUCUGACUCUUUUCCAGGGAGAAGCCACAUCGGUGGUUUACAUCAGACCAAGCGCAGACCGAGCCUCCAACUCGAGGACAAUCUCCACUGCCUAGCACAGUGCCUGCCGCCUGCAGAUGCUUUAUAAACUUUGUAGUAGCAAAGUCUACAAUCAACCCUCCAACAUGUCCAUAGGCAGAAAUAAUCUGAAAUUGAGAGGGUAAGAAUGAGCAAACAAAAACCAUGCCUGGCCUCCUCCCUCCUCUUGGCUGGAACAAAAGUCACACCACCUUUACUCACUCCUGCCUGGAGGAGCCAGGGAGGACUUCCUGUUAACCUUCCCCUCAGCCCCAUAAAUAUGACCCAGCACUUAAGCCCAGCCUCCCCCCAUCUUUGAACCCAUUUCCCGAAGCCUCUGGAAUGAGUCACACUCAGUAAGUGCUGGUAUUGUGUACCCUCGAUGUUUGCUCCAAGUAGUAUCACCUCCUUGCGCUUUGGACUGUUUCCAGACAAGGUCUGAAACAAGAGCCCCAGCAGCCUGGGCAAACACCUUUCCCGCUGUGGUUCCUGUUCCUCAAACCCUCUUGGACAUGAAGCCUUGAGGGUCUUCCACCAACCCAGUUCCCUCUCCUUUAGGCGCGAGCCACGAGCCCACAGCCACCUGCCUGACCAACAAGGAGGCCUGCUUUGACCCGGUGCUCCAGGCCAGGGUUCGGGGCAAGAGAGAAGAGCCUCUCCUCCUUGAUCCUCUCUGCUUCCCUCCUUACGUGGCCACGGAAUUGGAGGAAAUUGUAAACAGUGGGGACACAGCAACUUCCCAAACAACACUGCUAUUGCUGAUCCAAGGACGGGAGUGGGGAGGACAGAGGGGAAACACGCCGUGUGAGUCUCUCUUUGCCAGCCCUUAGCACUCUCUUUCCUGCCAGAUACUAAGCUAGAAAAUGUCACUCACAUGUAUUAGGAAAUUCAAACACGGAAAAAGACUUGGGGAAGAAAUCAUAGCACACUGGCGGGUAGGGAGGCGGGAGGGAGGACGGGAGGGGCUGAGAACUGCUGCCAAGUUAUCAGUCGCCCUCCCACGUUCCUAAGAAUAUGCUUCACUCCUUCUCUUUGGCCACCCUUACCUUCCAGAUUCCCAUAAGUCACAUGGUCCAGUUACCUAAUGAGACCAGCGUCACUUGGCCGUUCUCACCCUCUAGUGGGAACACUGGCCUGGGAGUAAGGCUCAGACCCCCAAGCCACGUACCACGCACGGCCUGAGCCACUCCAAGAACUCGGGACCCUCUCACUGGGAACCUUCCACACACUCUUCAAGCAACGCACAGCAGCACCAACAGUUGAAAUGAAAGUUCUAAUCUCUUCCCUCCUUCUGUUGCUGCCACUAAUGCUGGUGUCCACGGUCCGCAGCAGCUCAAAUACAGGGAUUGCCAGAGGCCAUAGGGACCAACGCCAGGCUUCUGGGAGGUGGCUCCAGGACGGAGGCCAAGAAUGUGAGUGCAAAGAUUGGUUCCUGAGAGCCCCUAAAAGAAAACUCAUGGCAGUGCCCAGGCUGCCAAAGAAGCCGUGUCCCUGUGACCAUUUCAAGGGCAGAGUGAAGAAAACCAGGCACCAAAGACACCACAAGAAGCCAACCAAACCCUCCAGAGCCUGCCAGCAAUUUCUCAGACGAUGUCAGCUGGCAAAUUUUGCUCUGCCCUUAUAGGAGCUCUGAGAGCCCACCUUCCCGAUAAAACAUUCUGUCAACAAGGCAGUGAGCGCACCUAGAAGAUGCUCUUCUCCCACCUCAAGCUCCCCAUCCCUGUCCCUACUCCCUAAAUCAUCCCAAAAAGCAUGUUCCCCAAGAUUAUUGCCCCCUCUAGUGGCUUCUUUUCUUGUCAGUCUUUUCCUGGGGCCUCCCCUUACCCAGGCUUAAAUUUACUUACCGGGAAUCUCUGGUUGCCUAGCUGGUCCCACUGGGUCUUAAAUACAACCAAGCAAGUAGUAAACAAAAGUCAAU